UAGACCGGCCGAUAAAAAACAUAUUAAAACUAACACGUGCAGCGCUAAACAACGGCUAAUAUAUUAAUUCGUCUAUUUAACGUAUUUAAGGAUGGCCGACGACUCCGGCCAGGACAAGCGGAAGCAGCACCGUGCCCGGCAGUCCGGAGUAAAGGCUGACAAGAAAAAGGUUAAGGCCAAAAAGGAUGGAAAUCAAAAGGAGCCCGAACUCACUGCCCGCCAGAGGAAUCCCAAGGCAUUUGCCAUCAACUCGGCCCAGCGGGCAGAGCGGAAUUUCCGACGAAAAGAGGAUCUCACGGCUAAGAAACAGCACAUUCCGGUUGUGGACCAGACUCCGGAUGAACCGCCUCCAGUUUUGAUUGCCGUUGUGGGGCCGCCAAAGGUGGGAAAAACCACGGUGAUCAAGAACCUCAUCAAGAGCUUCACCCGCACCAAUGUGACGGAUAUCAAGGGACCUAUAACCAUUGUCACGUCUAAGAAACGGAGGAUCACGCUCUUGGAAUGUAAUAACGAUGUAAAUUCUAUGAUCGAUGUGGCCAAGUGUGCCGAUCUCGUCUUGCUCCUUUGCGACGCAAGCUAUGGCUUCGAAAUGGAGAUCUUCGAGUUCCUCAACAUAUGUCAGGUGCAUGGAAUGCCCAAAAUCAUGGGAGUCUUGACUCACCUGGACAUGAUCAAGAAUCCCAAGCAGCUCCGCAAAAGGAAGAAGGAACUGAAGCAUCGUUUCUGGACUGAGGUCUAUGAUGGCGCCAAGUUGUUCUAUCUUUCGGGAUUACUUCAUGGAGAGUAUCUCAGGAACGAGAUAAAGAACCUGGGACGUUUUAUUUCCGUUAUGAAGUUUAGGCCUCUUCAGUGGCGUGGCGCGCAUAGUUACCUGCUGGUGGAUCGCCUGGAGGAUGUCACGAAUACGGAUAAAAUUCGCAGGGAUCCGAAAUGCGAUCGGGAUGUUGUGCUAUACGGAUAUGUACGUGGUGUUCCCUUGAAGCAGGAGCACAUGGUGCACAUAGCCGGCCUGGGAGAUGCCCGCAUUGAUGAACUCAGCACCAUACCCGAUCCUUGUCCCCUUCCUGGAACCGAGAAGAAGCGUAGUUUGCUGGAAAAGGAGCGGUUGCUUUAUGCUCCGAUGUCCGGAGUGGGUGGCAUCGUUUACGAUAAGGACGCUGUCUAUAUUGAGCUUCAAGGAUCGCAUUCCCACAAGGAGAAGGAGCAGACCGCCGAGGCAGCGGAGCAAGCGGAACUGGUUAGCAAGCUCAUUGACAAAAAGGCCACUCUGGAUGAGCAAAUGGAGCAGCAGGAGUUCCGUUUGUUCUCCGAUGCCAAGCCUAUCAAGUCCCAGGACUUUCGCGACGAUCAGGAUGAGGAUGACGGCUCCUCCUCUGAUGAUGAAGAUGAAGAGGCCGAUGAUUCUGGUCUGGAUGCAGCGGACAGUGAUGAGGAGCAGGAUGAGUUCGGUGCGGAUGAUUGGCGCGGCGAAAAUAGCGACGAGGAGGAGCAGGAAGAUGACUCGGAUGCCGGCUCAUCGGGCGACGAGGAGUACCAAAGCCUUGGAGAUGUCCAACUCGCCAACGAUUCAGACUCCGAUGAUGAAGAGGCCCGCGUCCUGGCCAGCAACAUGAGCUGGAAGACCAAUCUGGCGGAAAAAGCUCGUGAUGCCUUCUUGCAGCGCCACUCGGAGUCUAAGAAUCUGAUGCGGCUCGUCUAUGGAGUCUACAACCAGAGCGAGAGAAGCAAGCAGGAAGCCGAGGAAGAUAACAAUGAGGACUCCGAGGAAGAGCUAGGUGGUCUGUUCCGAGUGGCGGCCAAAAAGCAAAGCCAGCAGCAGAAGGACAAGGACAUCAGGGAUAAGGAUGAGCGCUGCUUUUUUGAAUAUCACGGAGACACCACACGCGACUGGCUUUCUGAGGAUAACAAGGAGCUGAUCAAGAACUGCUUUGUCACCGGCAAGUGGAAGGCUAGCGAGGAUGCCGAAAACCUCCUGAAAAUGGACGACAUGAGUGAUGCCGAGAGCGAGGUGUACGGCGACUUUGAGGAUCUGGAAACGGGCACACAAGUCAGCGGAAAACCCAAGCCACAGGAUGGAGAGCAAUCGGAAGAAGAAGCCUCCAAGCCGGAGGAUGCUGCAGCAGCCAAGCGGAAACUAACCCGAGUGGAGGAGGAGAACCUAACAAAGGCUGAACUGAUGGCCAAGAAACUGAAGCUUAAAGCCAAGUUCGAUGCCGAGUACGACAACAGCGGCGAGGGUAAAGGUGAAGAGGACACCGGGCGCAUCACUGGCGAUCACGGCUUCUAUGACGAUCUAAAGGCGGAGGCGCAGCGACAGAGCGAGCUGAACAAGAGUGAAUUUGCUCAUUUGGACAACGAGUUUCGCAUCCAAAUCGAGGGCUACCGGCCAGGACUCUAUGUGCGCCUCGGGUUCAAACAGUUGCCCGCCGAAUUCGUGGAGAAUUUCGAUCCCAGCUAUCCGGUGUUGGUGGGCGCCCUGAACAUGACCGAGGAAAAUGUGGGCUAUGUGAACUGCAAGGUGAAGAAGCAUCGCUGGUACAAGAAGAUUCUGAAAACCGGCGAUCCUCUGAUCAUUUCGAUGGGUUGGCGUCGAUUCCAGACGGUGGCCAUCUAUGCUAAAGUGGAGGAUAACUUCCGACAGCGGUAUCUGAAGUACACACCUAAUCACGUUACCUGCAGCAUGACAUUCUGGGGUCCAAUCACUCCUCAAAAUACUGGUUUUCUGGCCCUGCAGACCGUGCGCCAGGAUCAGGAGGAGAUGCGCCGAUUGGGAUUCCGGAUUGCAGCUACAGGUUGUGUUACGGAACUGGACAAAUCCUCACAGAUCAUGAAGAAGCUGAAGCUGGUUGGACAUCCGUUCAAGAUUUACAAGAAGACUGCGUUCAUCAAGGACAUGUUCAACUCCUCCCUGGAGGUGGCCAAAUUCGAAGGAGCCAAAAUCAAAACAGUAUCCGGAAUACGUGGUCAGAUCAAGAAGAGUCACCACACCCCGGAGGGAUCAUAUCGUGCCACUUUCGAGGACAAGAUCCUGCUCAGUGACAUUGUUUUCUGCCGCACUUGGUUCCGUGUGGAAGUGCCCCGAUUCUAUGCGCCAGUUACCUCCCUGUUGCUGCCUCUGGACCAGAAGAGCCAGUGGCAGGGCAUGAAGACUUUGGGUCAGUUGAAGCGAGAACGCGACGUCCAGAAUGCCGCCCAGCCGGACAGCAUGUACACCACUAUUGUGCGCAAGGAGAAGAUCUUCAGGCCCCUCAACAUCCCCAAGGCUCUGCAAAGAGCACUGCCCUACAAGGACAAGCCGAAAUUCGGUCCCGAAAAUCCCAAGGCAGCACCGGAACGAGUGGCGGUGAUUAACUCACCGUACGAGCAGAAGGUGGCCAAGAUGAUGAAGAUGAUCGAGACGAAUUACAAGGACAAGCGGCAGCGGGAGCGCCAGGAUAUGAAGAAGCGGAUGAAGAACUUCCGCGAGAAGAAGCGGGAGCAGUUGGCGUCCAAGGAGCGACGGCAGAAGGAGCUGCGCAAGAAGGUGUCCAGGGCCAUAAGCAAGAUGCGGGGGAAGCAGAAUGCCUAAUAUUUUAAACUAUUGA